AUGUCUCUCGCCUCGCCUAUCGGGCAGAUCAACCCUGAGGAGACGGAGAACUUCGAGGACAUUGAGAAGCAGUUCGCUGUCAAAGUCGUUCAGCACAUGGAAACCUACUGGAAGAUCCUCGAGAAGAUCCCAGGCUCGAAGCUUCGCCUUACCAAAUUCGACGAUGAAAUCUAUGCACACCUCAAGAAGGACUUUCCGGAAUUCGACGCGUCGGCCACGCUCAAUGAAGACGAGAUGAAGAGCAAAGAGGGUAAGGAGCGAUGGCGCAACUUUAUAAACGAGUACGAGAAGAAAGUCGAUGACUACAAUUUUGGCGCAAUGGUUCGCGCCAGUCCCAAGACCGAUUACACCCAGGAGGGGACAAUUUUUGCAGUGCGCAUGCAGUUCUAUGCAAUUGAAAUCGCGCGCAACCGCGAAGGCCUGAACGACUGGAUCUACGAGCAAGCUCAAGCUGGAGGCAAAUAG